UGGUGUAGUUACUUCUGCAGGCUUGACGCACCGCUCCAGGGUUGUGACAUGGACUAACCAGAGCCCGUGUGAAAGGCUCUGUACAGGAACAACCGCAUUCUGCAGCCAGCCAACAUCUCAACAUCUCCACAUACUUUGCUCAUUGAGCUCAUCUGGGACCCGCUGCAGGCUUGGACGUGAGCAGAGACGUGAACCAGGAGGAGACAGAGCUUAUGCAAAAGUUGUUGAUGUCCCUGGCCUCACCUGCUGAAACUGGAUUUUCAGGAUUCAGGGAUGGAAUUUCACCAAUACCUUUUCCUCAAUUCACAGUGAUCAUAUAAUUGAUUCACUGUUUCAUCACUAAGGGAUAACCAGUUAGUGAAACUGUGGCUGUCAGUAUUCUUGCUUAAAUGUCCUGUACAGAGGAGAUAUCCUAAACUAGAACCACCAGUAUCUACAGCGGCCACUUUUACUGUUUCACAUCAGUGCAGUCACACAGCUAUGGGCUUCUAUUUUCCUUUGUUCAAGAGUUUUCGGCGGGUGAAAUAUUUUUUUAUGCUCUUUGUCACACUGUCAGUGCUGGCAUGGAUCGCAACUUUUUCAGGCGAAACAGUAAAAUACGGUCCGGUUAACGCCGUCUCACCACAAACUUUUGUCAAAGCUAUUGGUCUGGAGGAUGAACCUAACACUUGGACAGCGGCAACCAAACAAUUAAAAACUCCAGCACUAAAAGCCAAAUGCCCUGAGGAGUCACCAUUGCUAGAGGGAGCUUUGAAGCUGUCCUUUAAAUCCUCGCUGACACUGAACGACGUGGAGAGUAACAACAAAGAAGUGACUGAAGGCGUGUACCAGCCCUCAGACUGCACGGCGAGGCAGAGCGUGGCGAUCCUCAUCCCUCAUCGCGGCAGAGAGAAACAUCUCCUUUACCUCUUGGACCACCUGCACCCCUUUCUGCAAAGGCAGCAGCUACACUACGCCAUUUAUAUCAUCCAGCAGGCUGGUAAUCUAACUUUUAACCGUGCCAAGCUACUCAAUAUCGGGUAUUUGGAGGCACUGAAGGACUACAGUUGGGAGUGCUUUAUCUUCCAUGAUGUGGACCUGGUUCCUGAAAAUGAUCGCAAUUUAUACUUCUGUGAGAAUCAGCCCAAACACCUGGUGGUUGGCAGGAACGCCACAGGAUACAAGCUGCGUUACAAAGGCUACUUUGGAGGAGUCACAGCUUUGACCAAAGAACAGUUUCUUCAAGUGAAUGGAUUCUCAAACAAUUACUGGGGUUGGGGCGGAGAAGAUGAUGACCUUCGCGUCAGGGUUGAGCUGCAGAAAAUGACGAUUUUGCGGCCGCCUGCUGAAAUCGCUCGCUACACCAUGGUGUUCCACACUCGGGACAGUGGCAACGAAGUAAACAAAGACAGGAUGAAGUUGUUGGGUCAAACACCUCUGAUAUGGAAAACGGACGGACUGAACAGCUGCUUAUAUAAGACCAUAUCUGUAGAGAGGCAGCCUCUUUAUGUGAAUGUUACUGUGGACAUUGGGAAGCCAUAGAGUUGAGAUUACAAAUGUGAAGCUGUGCUGUGACCCAAAAAUAUACACGUCUUUCAAGACUGAGCAAUAUUACUAACUAUAGUGACAAAUUUGGUAACAGUUUACUUGAACCACUCCUCUUUAUAUAUUCAGAAGCUUUAUUAUAGCUACAUGUCGCUCUAAAUUUAACACUGUUGACGAACUGAAUAAGUGAUCAUAAGUCUACAGAAUGCUGCAGAGAUUAGGAAGCUCUUGAAUGGGAGUUUAAGAUUUAUAUUUUAAAAACCAGAGCACAGGUUUUUUAGGUUGUUGGUAUGUUGUCGGUUUGUUAGGUAAUCUAAUGUGGGUUGAAAACUUUUACAUAUAAAAAUAUUGUCAAACUACAACUUUUAUAAAAUGAUCACAACCAAGCAAAUGGUGGUAAUACUGUAGCAUCAAACAUUUUACUGACGUUUUUUAUUUGAAUCUGUACUUUAUGUGAAUCACUGUAGGAAAUUCAAAGUGAUGCCAUAUUAACUCGCUGAGAAUGUCAUUUGUUGGAUUCAUUUUGAAGGUUUGCUUGAUGAUUUGGGAUCAUGUGUCAUGUUUUGUAUGUGUUGAUGGGAGAACCCAGAUCAUCGUCUCUCAUUGGAUUUUUUUUUCUCUCUUUAGAACACAUAAAAUAAAUAGUAUUUUCUUAUGAAUUGUCUUAUGGUGUUUAUAUAUGCAGGGGUAAGAAUCUACAUUUUUGGCACUACAGUUUUGGUUUGUCUGACAAGGUUUGCACAUGAAUGUAUGACAAUGUAUAUAUUUCUGACUGUGGAUGGUUUUCAGAUAAAACAAAC